ACGUCCCAAUUCCCCACACCCGCGACCGCGAGCAGAAAUCCCUAACCUGUCCCGACCCAACUCGCCGCCGCCGUCGCCGCCGCGCCGUCGCCAAGGAACCCGCCGCCGUGUUGAUGGCGUCGACGGAGGAGCAGGUCUUCCUUGGAUCGAGUAACCUUUCGUAUCACGGCGCCCACCACCCCGACACCUGCGCCGACUGGGAUUACCCGGAAGACCCAGGCGACCGGCGGAACGGGGUGGAGGUUGCCGAGCUCCAUGACCAGCCGGCGCGCAUGAGCACCGCAGAUUCAGAUCCAUGUGAAGUCGCCAGGCGUGCCUUGGACCUCAUGUUCCCGCGGGAGGAGGACAGCGAUGACGCCUGGAGCACCUGGAGCGCACGGGAGGAGGGCACUAACGACGACGAUGAGCAAGAUAGCCAAUUCUCCCUACAGAUGUGUUAACUAUCCAUAGAUCCUUGAUUUACAUUGGUUGAUUGAUUCUGUAGGAGGGGAAGAAUACGAUGGUAGCACACAGGAGAGCAGCGAUUAUGAAGACGGCGGCAAUUGCCAAGUGAUACUAGCCGAGACAAACUGUCCAGGAAAGCUCUACCCCAAGAGCCAAGCAGAUGACAUAGAUGACAAAUGGGUACAUAGGUACUCCCAACAGCUUAAUGAACACUCGAAGCUGUGCAGGGAGAUUAUGGCUCUGGGAGUUUAUGAUGAUGAUUAUGAUUAUGAUGAUGAUGAUGCUCCUUGCCCCGUCUCUCCCAUGAGAGUGUUCCCUUACGCAACAGGUGCCUGCGUCCUUGGGCUCAACUGCCACCAUCGUAUCUACAGGACCCAUGACAACUCUACCACCCCAUCAACUCUUGGAAAGCGCACACCAAGUUAUAUGCUACAAUUAUUCUCCAUGCGUCUAUCAAGCUUUGAACCCUCGUAUCCCAUUAGUGUGUAUGGAAUAUUUGCCAUUCGGGAUUACUUGGACCCACGACGGAACUACGUCUUUAACCGUCCCAGGGAUGACGCUGUCACGAUUGAAAAGCAGGGUUCCUUUGUCAUACCACUUUGUAGCCCUUGUCGAGGAAUGUAUUUGUUGGAUAAGGCUUUAGUAGAAGUUGAUCUUUGGGUAAAGAAAGAAGGGGAUGAUGAAUCAGAUGACAAGCAACUACUUUCUGCAUAUGCUGAGAUUGAUGUCCGGACUGAAGCUGAUCUCAUGCUUUAUGAACGGAUUUCUGGUGAUAAUUGCAAUUUGGACUUUAAAUAUAAAGUCCUUUCAGAAAGUGUUGAGGCUGUAAUACAAGUAUAUGCAAAGGUCAGCCAUCCUCACCAUGUGUUGUUCACUGCUUUUAGCACCGAAUAUGAUGAUUAUCCUCUUCGUGGGGUUGUGCUGUUUGAUGACAAAUUAUUUGGCGAGGAAAAACUAUUCAAGCAUGUUGUCGCGGUGAAAGCAAAUGAAGGACUGCAUGUUUUUUUAGAAGUGAACGGUUCAGUGUUCCAGUGGACUUUUCAAGAUGAACAUGUUGGAGCUGUUGUUUCUCCUGAUGACUCAAUCUUGGACUAUGGACAGUUCUUCGUGAGGGUAUUGUUUGCUCCAAAGGAUUACAAGGGAAGCUCAGCUCCAACAUUCUGACAGUGUCGCCAUUGGCUGAAAGCCUGAAACUCAUGUAAAAGUGUUGUUGCUUUUCUUGGUAUUGUAUAUGAGUAGCAGUUGAAUUUCUCUUAAGACCUCUUAGAGCAUCUCCAAUAGAUGGUGCAAAUUUGGAGAUGUGAAAGUGGAUGUGUAUAGUUUACAUAAUCAAAAAGUGCUUUUUAUGUCUCCAAAAAACAGCUAACUUCAACAGAUGUAUA